CUGAAGAGGUUUUCGGAUUUCUUUCCUGAGCGUUUUACUCGGUUGAAUUGUAUUAAAUGCAUCACUGGCUGUCUCAAAACUCAUAUUAAAAAAAUAAUAAUAAUAAUUGACCGCGUAGUUUUUGAGUUAUAGCCAUAGCAACACCUUAGCAACGAGGGACGCGGCUCGCUGCGACCGCUACCCGAUGACGUAACUUCCAGGAAGUCGCUCUGGACACGGAAGUAUAUUAGUAUAGCACCGCGCGGCUGUCGCCAUUUAUUGCAAACAUUUUCUGUGUUUCACUCGCAAAAUUCAUAAUGCCAUCUCGAUGUGUAGCGAUGCAUUGCUCUCACGAAGGCUCGAAACUUUAUGAGUGGCCCAAAAAAAAAUCUUCUGCAAGGAUUUGGACCGCUUUUGUGAGAGUGAAGCGGAAGAACUUUUCUCCUGUUCCUCGGUCGGUACUUUGUUUUCAUCAUUUUAGCGACGACAGCUUUGACAACCUAAUGGAAUACAGGCUUGGUUUUACAAAGAUGUAAGUAGACCACUUCUGAAUUUUCUUGAUCUAAAAUUUGAUGCAUUUCUGUUGAUAUACGAGUGCAAAUCCUUAGCCGACAGGUCGUCCCGUCUUGUGAAUUUGAUACAUUUAUUACUACCUCUAUGGGUAUUAUGUAAAUCAAAAUGUCCUCAGCACCAAGUAGGACCUUGGCUAGUUAUCUUUUGGCCUGUCACAAGGUAAAUAUAAAGUCUACUAGCCUAUGGAUCCCUAUACACUUUUGUUAUUCAUUUCUAGGCUCCGUCUGAAGAAAAAUGCAGUGCCAACAAUCCACCUCCCAGCCCCUGAUGCACCAAAUACAUCCCAACAAAAUCAUGACAAUUUUACUCCAACACCGAGGUCUGCCUAUUCGAAGAGGGAAACAUUGCGUCAAAUAGAUGCUGCUAUGUCUGAGGCAUUAUUAUUAGAUUGCCAAGAACAUUCGGAGGUUUCUGAGAAGGAGCCAUUUGAAUCAGCAACUGCUGAGAAGGGAUGUCAAACAUCAAAGAUAAAGCAGCGAAAACGCCCAACACGACAAAAAAAGUGUUUCAAGUCAGUCGCUAUCCAGUUUCCUGAAGUCAAAAAGAGAAAGUGGGUCGACUCGGAUGACGAUACAAGUAAUUCAGAGUCCAGCAGUGAUGAUGACGAUGAAAGAGAUCUUGAGGCUUCAGAUUCCGAAUGUGUUUUGUCUGCGACGACUGACGACGAGGACUUGGCAGAGAAAAAUUUGGAAAAUUUUGAUGAAAUGAAAUCAGAAGACGGAGAGUGCUACAGCAAAACGACAAAAUAUAUUGUAUUUCAGUCGGCACUUCUCUCGCUCUUAGCUGUUUGCAUCUCUUGCAGUGGCAUAAAUAAAUGUUACAAGAAUGUGAAGGGGACACUUCUUACUGUCAGGACAGAGUGCACCAGGUGUGGCCACAGAAAUGAGUGGAAAAACCAACCCUUAAGUAACGAGACAAAGAGCAGUUACCAUAUGGAGCUGGAAGGCCUCAAGCGUUGCAAGGAAGAUGUCAGUGGACUCAAUAUUCGGGCUCUUGUAACUGACAGACAUCGCCAAGUCUCAAAGUGGGUGCGAGAGUCAUGGAAGAUUUCACAUUAUUAUGACUGCUGGCAUGUAGUGAAAGGUCUGACUAAAAAAUUAGAGGCACUGGCAAAACCUAACUCCUUCCGUAUAAUCAAGGAUUGGAUCAAAAGCAUUGCCAACCACCUGUAUUGGUGUGUUGCAUCUUCAACACCGGGUGACAAGGAAGACAUCAAGGGGAAGUGGUUGUCUGGUGUGGAACAUAUCCAAAAUAUACAUGAUAACUGUUAUCAUGGUAGUUUGGAGAGAGAAAAAAAAUGGCUCAAACCAGGAAGUGAGGUUUGUGAAAGACUUGUUGAUAUUUUGACCAAGAAGCACUUUGUUAAAGAUGUUUGCAGCAUGUCAGCUCUUGGUCAGACUAGUGGACUUGAAGCCUUUCACAGCCUUGUUAAUCAAUUUGCCCCCAAGAUGUUCCAGUUCUCAUAUCGAGGAAUGCACAGUAGGAUUUAUCUUGCUGCCCUUCAUUAUAACGAGAAUGCUGGAAGACCUUGGGCUUACACAAAAGCAGGGGAACAGCGUUAUAGCAUUGCAUUCCCCAAGUACAAGAAGGGUGGUUAUUCAUUGAAAAAUGUGUUGGUAAAACCUAGUUACCGUAAGUAAACGUACAAUUGUGAAAUUUAUUACAUUAUCCUUUGAAAAUAUUUAUUUUCUCUUUUUAUGUGCAGGUUGAUCAGGAUAAGUAUUUCAAUUUCAAAUGCAUGUAAAUAACUCUUUCACACUAAACUGUCUUUCUCACCUUUAUCAUAUUUCAACGCUGCAAAAAGUCUGUUGCUAUACUAACUUUGUGCUACUUACUAAAUUUGUGUUUUGAUGUGUGCCAUUGUUUGCUUGGUUUUGCUCAGCUUUCUAUGUUAUAUCACAAUCUGCCAAAAACACCUGCAAUUAUUUUCGUAUUUAUUUUAAAAUGAAAUUUUCUACUUAUUUCCAGUGUAUGUUGAAGAUUGUUUCAACAAUUUGAUGGAGUUGGUGCUGCAAAAGCCACGGCAUAAGGCACCAUCAAGGGUAGAUGAGCCCCCACCACUCAGCGACUUGUACGAGAAACCAGUGAAAGCUGAUGCUGUCAAGACAGUUUUAUCCAGAUUUCGGCCAAAAUAAAUGUUGAAUCAUUGUUUACUGUUGUCACUGUUACUAUUGUUUUGUUUUUGUGGAAUAUAAUAUUGUAAAAAAUAAAAAAUGGAUAAAUGCAUUAAACAGUCAUCAAAAUAUUACAAUUUAUUGUUUUACUUCUUCAAUGUUGGUAGUUUGUGCCCUGCAAACACAAAAUCCUCUUCUAGACCAGGAGGAGGGAAGUGUGCCCUGAUGGAAGACACAAAACAUGAGGGGAGUACCACUCUAAUGUCUUUGCCUAGAUACUCCCAGCACCAGGUGACAAAUUGUCUGUAGGCGACAUGUCUAAAUUUGGCAUCUGUGGGCCCCUCAAAUGCCUUGCCACCAUACAGUUGCUUGUACCUGGCCCAAGCACACUGAAGGGCCCAAGGGUUGAAACAAAUGGCAUUCAGGCCAGGGUGAUCCAAAAUGCACUCCGGCAAUGUAUCCGUCAGUGCUUCUGCCUCCUCAAGUUUGCCUCUCACUUCCGGGAUCUCCUGACAGCAAAGGCAUUCUCUUGGAAGGGUCAUUACUUGACAGUGUUUACAGCAACACCUGGACAAAAAAAUGUAAUUUACUUCGGAAAAUUACAAUCAACCACCUUUAUUUAGCCAUAUUUGGGCUAGCUAGACCAUAUUACUAUCUUUACACAGGUCUGGCAUCAGUACAUUUGUCUACUUUUUUUUUUAACCUGUCUUGUUCAGCUCUGACACAGAAUGGAAAUCUGGGUGUCCUAUUGGUCUGAAUGUUUUCCAACUCGUCUGAUUACUGAUAAUUAUAUCACAGAAUGACGUUUCAGAGAGAAAUGACGAUGCUAGACAUAAACUUACCACUCGUCCUUACGUGAUGUGUCAAGUCGCCAGUCUGCGUCAUCACCACCGUCUGAUGUGCUGUGUAAAUCGUCAUCUGACACCUCAGGUUCAAACAUGUAAGGAGUUAUUGUAUACUGCCUUUCCUGGGACCCCUCGCCACGACACAACGAUCCUGAAGGGCUACUUUCGCUGGAAAUGUCACAAUCGCUGGUGCUGCUGUGGUCCGCCAUGUUUUCUGCCGCCUACUGGAGCUUACGUCACACUUCCGGGUUUAGGAAGGGACAUUUAACGGAGUGCAAAAAAGCUAAAAAAACACAAAUUAUGGUCACAGUUAUGCUUUAAUAAUGACAUGGUUGUUUUUACGAACUCGUCCAAAGUUUAUAUUCGUAAAAU